GGGCGGCUCUCCGGGUCCGCUCCCGGGCUGCUCCCUUCUAUCCCGGGUAGUGCGGGGCUGAGCCUUCCCUGCACCUUCAGGGCUGCGGGGCUGGAACGGACAGCGCCUUGGCCCCGGCCCAGAGGGGGAGGUUGCGUGCGUGUGGGCGCUCGCCAGCUCGUGGGUGUCGCAAUCGCGGGGCCGCAGCCGCGAGCAGCGCCGGGACCUUUGCUCGGCGAGUUGUGUCCGGAGCGGUGUCUCCGGGGGUGGGGACAGCGGGGCCGGCUCUGAGGCUGCCGGGAUUGGGCUGGGGGGACCGGGAGGGCAGCGCAGGGCAGAGGGGCACCCCUGGCCAGGGGCUCCAGCUCCUGGUCUCCUCGCUAGCUCGCUCGUUCUCCUCUGGUCAGAGGGACUGCACCAACCUGCCUUCCCAGCAAGGGGGCUCCAGAGGCAUUGUCCAGCAAGGGCACCAGGCCUGAGGAUCUGGACAGCUCCUUUGGGGAUGUCCAGGACCUCAAGAGGAGAUGUCCUCAUGGCUGGGGCCACCUGUUUCUGAUAUCACUCCUGAUUCGGUUGUGGAGUUGUGGAAGGCUGAAGCCCAGGAUGCCAAGCAGCUGUGGAAGGCUGAGACUCAAGAUAUGGUGGACAGCCUGGGAAAGGCUGGGAGCAACUUCAUCCUUGGGGAGGAAGCCAGGACUUCCCAUCCCAGCGGCGGAGGCUCAGAGGUGGGGCAGGACGCAGGACCGGCAUCCGUCCUGUUCACCUGCUCAGAGGUUCAUGCAGAGUCUGCAGAGCUGCGGCCACUGAAGAGGAAAAAGGGGCCAGCUCCCAAGAUGCUGGGGAAUGAGGUCUGCAGUGUGUGUGGGGACAAGGCUUCUGGCUUUCACUACAAUGUCCUGAGCUGUGAGGGAUGCAAGGGCUUCUUCCGCCGGAGCGUGAUCAAGGGCGCCCGCUACACCUGCCACAGCGGAGGCCAAUGCCCCAUGGACACCUACAUGCGUAGGAAGUGCCAGGAGUGUCGCCUGCGCAAGUGCCGCCAAGCGGGCAUGCGAGAGCAGUGUGUCCUGUCAGAGGAGCAGAUCCGCCUGAAGAAGCUGAAGCGGCAGGAGGAGGAGCAAGGCCAGGCAUCCGCACUGACCCCUCGGGCCCCCUCGCCGCCCCUGGCCUUGCCUCAGCUCAGCCCAGAGCAGCGGGGCAUGAUUGAGAAGCUGGUGGCCGCCCAGCAGCAGUGUAACCAGCGCUCCUUCUCUGACCGCCUCCGGGUCACGCCCUGGCCUCUGGCCCCAGACCCCCAGAGCCGCGAGGCCAGGCAGCAGCGCUUCGCCCACUUCACGGAGCUGGCCAUCGUCUCUGUGCAGGAGAUUGUGGACUUUGCCAAACAGCUGCCCGGCUUCCUGCAGCUCAGCAGGGAGGACCAGAUCGCCCUGCUCAAGACAUCGACCAUUGAGGUGAUGCUCCUCGAGACAUCCCGGAGAUACAACCCUGGCAGCGAGAGCAUCACCUUCCUCAAGGAUUUCAGCUACAACCGCGAUGAUUUUGCCAAGGCAGGGCUGCAGGUGGAGUUCAUUAAUCCCAUCUUCGAAUUCUCCCGAGCCAUGAACGAGCUUCAGCUCAAUGAUGCUGAAUUUGCCCUGCUCAUUGCCAUCAGCAUCUUCUCGGCAGACAGGCCCAAUGUACAGGACCAGCUUCAGGUGGAGAGGCUGCAGCACACGUAUGUGGAGGCCCUGCACGCCUAUGUCUCCAUCCACCACCCAAAUGACCCCUUGAUGUUUCCACGGAUGCUGAUGAAGCUGGUGAGCCUCCGCACCCUGAGCAGCGUUCACUCGGAACAAGUGUUUGCCCUCCGUCUGCAGGAUAAAAAGCUCCCACCCCUACUCUCCGAGAUCUGGGAUGUGCAGGAAUGAUCCUCUACCGUGUCCUAGCCUCAUGGGCACGGGGGCGAACGAUGGGCCUUGGCCUCAGCCUGGGCUGCUUCGGGGUGGUGGGCUGGUGUGUGGGGAUGGGGGAGGGUUGCACAAUGAGGAGGGGAGGACAUCUCUUUGGGCUGGGCUGGAGAUUCUACAUGGGGCAUUAAAAGAGAGUUGAAGGGUUGGGAGUUCUCUGGCUAUUAGGGGAAAUGGGAGCACAGUACAGGCAGAGAGGAAUAACCAGCCUGGGGUGCCUGUUUUGCACAGGGCUCUCCAAAGUCCACUCCCAUUGCUUCCUGCCUUCCUCACAUCCAUUGGUCGCAUAAGACAGUCCAUAUUAUCCCUCUGUGCCUAGCUGAGAAAACACCCUUGGCCCGACAUGCACCAUCUCACAGCCUGACCAAUGGGGCAUCCUUUGACCAGGAUUAGUCUCAAGGGUCUGGGUUUCUAAAGAAGGGAGGGAGACUUGUGGAAGAGGAAAUUCUUGGAGGUCAAACCAAGGACAACAUCUUUGCUCUUGGGCCUUCCUCUCCCCUUCCAUCCCAGACAAGAUAGUCAGUUUAUAUGAUGUGUGUGUGUGAUGUCAUUUGAGUCCUGCCUAUCCUGGGCUCUGUAGGGGUAGGCAGACACCGGGGGACCCUGGCCGUCCACCUGUGGUCUGGAUUAUCUGGUUCGUAUCCAGAAUGAUCAGGAUCCCAUGCCCAGCCUUCCCGGGCCUUAAGAAGAUCAGGGUUCUGUCUCAGUGAGGGGAGCUGGAUCUGUGCCCCUCCCUGUCAGGGGAAUGGAGUCCCAAGAAGACUGAUAAGGCUGAUUGUUUCAAAAAGUCAAAAGAUCACAGGCUUUGAGCUAGAAGAGACCUUUGGAGGUCAUCCAGGCCAAGACCCUCAUUUUACAGAUGAGGAAGCCGAAGCUAGGAGGCGGGUGAUGACUGGCUCAAGGUCUCAUAGCAGCACAGCUGGGAUUUGAACCCACGGACACAGAAAUCCUUUCUCCCUAGCCAUAAGUAACCGCCACGCCCACUCCGCCAGGGGUCGCCCUUCGCCCCAGCCGGACUUCAUGUCCCGUCAUGCAUCUCGGGGCGCUCCCAGCCCCUCCCUACCUCGGCGUGCCCCCUGCUCGGGAAGUGCCAGCUUGCGGCUGUCUUUCCCUGCAUCCCUCCCCCACCUCCUGCAGCAGGAGUAGUAUGUUCCACCCACCCCCGCGCACCCCGCCUUUUCUGGAGCUGCAGCACCUGGGCAUUUCCCAAACCGUGAGGGGGGGAGGUGGGUACGGUAGUGCGGAAAAGCGGCCAGCGCCGCCACUCGUUUGUUCUCAGAAGCAGAUUCCAGGUAUAUCAACACUUCGUCCCCAAAAUGGACAAUGUCACCAUCUAUAAUUAAAAGGGAUUUGCACAGUAAACAUUUA